AUGGCUCCUGUGAAAAACGGUCAAGUUAUACUCAACGAGGUUCCCAAAGCGGGAAUCAUACCAGGACAGACGACGGUCUAUCGGGAAGAGAACCUGGACAUCGACGCCACUCCGCUGAAUGGCGGAUUCCUCGUCAAGACACUCACAUUCUCUAUUGAUCCUGUCAUUUUUGGUCGGAUGAAGGGACCCCCUCCUUUUGGUUACACACUAGGCGGACCCAUCAACAACCUUGGCGGCGGACGCGUUUUACGAUCAGAACAUCCUUCAUUCAAGGUUGGCGACCUUGUAACUGGAAUGAUGAACUUCGAGGAAUACGUCGUUGUCCCUGCCGCUCAAGCCUCUAUGUUCGAGACUGUUGACUCAAGCAUAAGCCUCUCAGCUCGUAUGGGCGCGGCAGGUUUAUCUGGCAAAACCGCUUACUAUGGCUGGAAGGCGUACGCACCUCCAUCGUCCAAGGGCAAUGUCUGCUUCGUCAGCUCAGGUGCCGGUGCUGUUGGCUCUAUCGUAAUCCAGCUCGCAAAACGCGAUGGGUACAAGGUCAUAGCGUCCGCGGGAACCGACGAGAAGGUCUCCACGAUGAAGGAUCUCGGCGCCGACGUCGCAUUCAACUACAAGACCACCGCCACCAAGGACGUCCUUGCGAAGGAAGGGCUUAUCAAUGUGUACUGGGACAACGUUGGCGGCGCGACGCUUGAGGCUGCCAUCGACGCCGCUGCCCCUCGCGCCCAUUUCAUAGAAUGCGGCAUGCUAUCCGGCUACCUCGGCGAAUCAUACCACAUCAAGAACCUAUUCAUGACGAUCCCCAAAGAAGUUCAACUGCACGGGUUUAUCGCCGUGGGCUGGAUGGAAGAAAACUGGGGCCGCGAGUUCAGGGAGACUAUGCCCAAGCUGAUCGCCAGCGGCGAGAUCAAGUACAAGGAAGAGCUCAUCAAGGGGCUCGACAAGGCCGCAGAGGCGGUCACUGCGCAGCUAGAGGGAAAGAACGUCGGCAAGCCUGUGCUUAUCGUCGCAGACGAGUAACUGUAGCGGCGCUGAGCGGCAGUAGUGUAUCGUAGGCUUUCUGCUCGUGUAAAUGAUCCCUUACCAAGUUAUUGGAAACUUGGUGUUCGUUCAAUGAAAGUCUCCUAGUUCAUG